AUGCCCUUGGCACCGCAAACGAAGACAACCGUUGGCCCAUUGCGCCCCAAGCAGCCAACGCAACCCUCACAACGGCCGCUGGUCGGCUUCCUGAUCCAUCUUAACGAUGAAACAAUCAUGCCAGACCCUUCCGAGGAACCCUCCCAACCGACACGCCAAACAACUAUUGAUUCAAUCCUGACCCUCGACACAACGCACCCUGCUCGGACGUUACAGUUCCCAAAACCAAGUCUUUAUUAUCUGCGACCCGCUCCCAACCACGACUCUGUGUUUACCUUCAAUGUCAACGGUCUCCACGUUACAAGGCGUCAGACCCUUAGCUUGCCUCGGCCCGCUGCUGGAGAAACUCAACCGCCCGUCCAAUCACGAGGCGUUAGACCCUGGGCUUGCCCCCGCCCGUUCCUCGACAAACCCAACCAGUCCAGCCACGAGUUACAACCAAUUGAAAACGCCUCGACCCUCAGCAAACCCUACACCCAGCCCGUAUCAACUUAG